GAUCGGAUGCGGGAACAUAGAGUGUACCGGUCAUACGACCUCUCAUUGUUGAAAAACAAAACUUGGGAUGAGAUCAUCUAUUUCCAUUUUUCGAUGUCGCCAAACCCUCGGGAGAAGUUGCCACAAGCUCAGGAUUGACUUUCACCAAGGGUCGCCACAGUGUGGCUGUGAUUUUGCGUACGUCACUGGGAUUGGUUGCAGAGCUUGGCCCAAGACCAAACGAGUGGAUGGCAGCUUCUUGUCGCAGAUGUGAGGUGGAUGUUGGUGUUGGGGAAUGGAUCAGGAAUAACCGCGCAGAUGCUUGACGAGCUAUUCUUGACUUACUGGUAAGGUUUGCGAAACAAGCUGUUCUCUUUCAUAAAUCCUCUUCCUCUCUUCCUCUCUUCCUCCCUCUCAAGUCAUACUCAUACUCCAGUCACAUCGCACAAUCGCUUCUCUUAUUGUGGCCCCUAUUCCUCAUCUGCCCCGCCCCCACCACCACUCUCUUUCCUAUAACAUCUCUCACACACGAAAUCGCCAUGGCUUCAGGACAUCAUGUGGGUAUUCUCCAUCCAAAACUCAAUCCACUGCCACUAAUAAACUGACAGGACCCCAAGUUGCUGUAUGCCAUCAAUGGCAUUAAUGCCUACCACAUUGAAAAUGGCCGAGAAGAGUCCCUCACACCAGCAGGCUCCCAAACCCUGUCCCUCUUGAUGGUGCCAACAACCUCCCCUUUCUCCAGCGUCCCCUCCGCAGAUCCCCAAUCUCAGUCGCCCGAAGAAGAUUUCUAUCUACAUCUGCAUCUGCCACCUGCAUUGGACCUGCCACUACCAGCAACAACACAAAUAUACCAUCAGCCACCAAGUAGCUACCUCAUACCACGAUGGGAUAUGGGUCCAGAAAGCGGCGCAUUUACAAGGAUAGAGUUUCCUCCUUUGGGAAAUGGAGGUUCCCAGGAGGAUGUCGAUACCUUUGAGACUAUUCUAGCACAAUGUACCGCAUUUCUGGAGAGGGCUCCCCCGCCUAAGAGUGCCAGGUCUGGUAAAUCCAAGCUGGAGAAGGAACAGGAGAGAGACAAAGCCCUUCCUGCAUACAACCCCGGUAGUUUCCAGCCGGGAGAGGCAUAUGUGCCAGGCAGCUCAAGCGCCCAUACGGGUGGUAGAAUUGUUCUGGUCGACGAGGAGAAUGGAAGCGUUGUUGGUGAACUUGGUGAAGGUUUCCACGUUGUCGAAGAUGGCAAGAUGGAGCCAGGUUCAAAGAGUAAGUCCCAAUUCUCUCAAUCGAAUAUUCAUUUCCUGACAAGUUCCAGACCCCGUCGAAAUCACUCUUCCUCAAGACGGUUCACAGAACAUCGGCGUCGCACCCGCCUCCCAAGAAUAUCUAGAAAUGGCUAUGCAUCCGGCCUACAAAAAUAGCACCCUCGUAUCCAAAGCAGCCAUGGCAUCCCGUCUCGUUGUUACAACGGCAGGUUAUGUCUCCAAAACGCUCGAGUCAGGCGCAACCAACUUCACUAAAUCCACAAAACCGAACACUAAGCCUAUGACAUUCACACCCACAACCCACGAAAGAGUCCGCAAAGUUCAUACAUUCACCCAAGGAGCUGCUGGGUUAUCUGCCAAAACUGUAGGGCAAGUCGGAAAAGUCGCGCAAAACUUGGGAGCCUCGUUGACCGCCCGCGGUAAUAAGAAGGGAAGUAAGGGAAUUGGACCAGAUGGCAAACCGAUCGACGGAUACAAACCUGGACUUUUGAAUAAAUCUCUGAUGGCAUUCUCCACGAUUGCGGACGGAAUCGAUCAAGCUGGUCGGAAUCUGCUCACCUCGACGAGUACAGCAGCAACUACAGUAGUAGGCCACAAAUAUGGAGCUGAGGCUGGAGGAAUAACCCAGAAUAUCUCUGGUGGUUUCAAAAAUGUUGGUUUAGUCUACAUUGAUGCAACAGGUGUAUCUCGAAAGGCAAUUGUAAAAUCCGUCGCCAAGGGGAUGGUCGUAGGAAAAGUCAGAGGCGGCGGUGAUUUGAUUGUUGGUGGGGGAGAUGGCGGUGUACUUCCUUCGAGAACUUCGAGUCCGGGACCAAGUUCAGCUGCUGCGCAGAACUGGAAAGAGCAGGAGACUUCUCAAGGAAGGAGAACCGAUGACUACAGUAUGUCGGGUGCUGCUGCUCCGGAUGUUGUCGGAUUUGGCAGACAAGCUCCGCCUCCGGCUUAUGGCGCUGGUGGAAGUGGUGUGGGAGAGCCGUUGGAGGGCCAGAGGGUUGCUGAUGUUAAGCGUUGAGGGUUGACCUCUCGACGCGCAUUCGAUUUUGGGACAUCUCUUUUUUCUUUGUGGAUACAUAGUUGUAAAAUAACGAAUUUACGAUUUUGAUGGAUCAAUGGAUGGGAGAUUAGGUAGGUUGAUGGAUGGGAGGUUUUAUUUUCAAUUGCGGACCGUUGACUCAGCCGCAUACCAAUCUUCAUAAUUUUCAUUUACAAAAUCUGAACAUUAUCAAGUGCGUCUAUCGUCGUGGUAUUCAGCCAUUUAUGUACCCGAAGCAUUGGGACACAUCUUUAACUUCAAG